AUGACAGACGGCAAUAUGGACAGGCUUCUUAAAGAGAGCAAGGUUUCAGGUAUCCUUAUCUACAGUGAAAAUUGCAAUUCUUGUCUCACGCCACUAAUAGCUUCGAAAGCUCUGGAAGACGACGAAAAGAUAAAAAUGUAUGCAAUGGACAGUAAAACAGGAAAAAAGCUUGUGAAACUUGCGUGUAUCGAUAAGGUUCCGACUGUAUUGGUGCAUAGAAUUGGCGAUGGAUUUAUUGCUUAUCCUCAUGACUUUCCGUUUAGUGAAAAAAAAUUUGUCGAAUUUUUAAGCAAGAUAGCAUGCAUGGGUUAUGAUGAGGGACAGACGAAUUGGCUCAAAUAUGUUCUUCCCGGUGUCGCUACGUUUGUGAUCCCUGUUCCAGCGAAUUGUGCCGGCAUCACAAUUCCCCUAGGUGACCCUACCACCGAGACUAAUAGAGCAUAA